CGAUUCUGGAGCUGGGGUCAUGGCAUUUUUGCAUUUGCAUUGAAUUGAGAAGUCAUGUCUGGUCGAGGUAAAGGAGGCAAGGGUCUUGGAAAGGGGGGUGCCAAAAGGCAUCGUAAAGUUCUUCGUGAUAACAUCCAGGGUAUUACAAAACCCGCAAUCAGGCGUUUAGCUAGACGUGGCGGAGUCAAACGUAUUUCUGGUUUGAUUUACGAAGAGACUCGAGGUGUGCUCAAAGUUUUCUUGGAAAAUGUCAUUCGAGAUGCUGUCACCUACACCGAGCAUGCUAAAAGGAAAACUGUCACUGCUAUGGAUGUUGUGUAUGCCCUAAAGAGGCAAGGACGUACCUUGUACGGUUUCGGAGCUUUUUUUGGAGCUGCUUUUUUGGGUGAUUUUAAUUUCUUGGGCUUGGGAGCUUUUGGCUUUGUAGCCUUUGCCUUCUUAGGAGAUUUGGGUUUGGCUACUUUUUUAGCCCCAGCAGUGGCUUUCUUAGCAGCAGCAGGCUUCUUCUUUUUCUCUGCUUUUUCCUUCGGCUUGGCCGUUUUCUUAGCAGGGGCUUUUGCUUUCUUUGGAGAAGCAGCUCCUUCCUUUUUAGGCUUUUUCACGAUUUUCUUUGGCUCCUUGUCAGUCAUGGCACGUACCAAGCAGACCGCUCGUAAGAGUACUGGAGGUAAAGCCCCCAGGAAACAACUGGCUACUAAGGCCGCUCGUAAGAGCGCCCCAGCCACUGGAGGUGUUAAGAAGCCCCAUCGUUACAGGCCCGGAACUGUUGCUUUGAGAGAAAUCCGUCGUUAUCAAAAAUCCACUGAGCUCUUGAUCCGAAAAUUGCCAUUCCAGCGUUUGGUUAGAGAAAUCGCUCAGGACUUCAAAACUGAUCUCCGAUUCCAGAGUUCUGCUGUUAUGGCUCUCCAGGAAGCUAGCGAAGCUUAUUUAGUAGGCUUGUUCGAAGAUACUAACUUGUGCGCUAUCCACGCCAAGAGAGUAACUAUCAUGCCUAAGGACAUUCAGCUCGCUAGACGAAUUAGGGGUGAACGUCAAGACAGCUUGAAUGUUAGGCAAUACACCACCCUGAGCAAUAGUUACUCCGGAAAGGAGUUUGUUCAACUCCUCGUCGUUUCGGAUGUCAUGUCUGGUCGAGGUAAAGGAGGCAAGGGUCUUGGAAAGGGGGGUGCCAAAAGGCAUCGUAAAGUUCUUCGUGAUAACAUCCAGGGUAUUACAAAACCCGCAAUCAGGCGUUUAGCUAGACGUGGCGGAGUCAAACGUAUUUCUGGUUUGAUUUACGAAGAGACUCGAGGUGUGCUCAAAGUUUUCUUGGAAAAUGUCAUUCGAGAUGCUGUCACCUACACCGAGCAUGCUAAAAGGAAAACUGUCACUGCUAUGGAUGUUGUGUAUGCCCUAAAGAGGCAAGGACGUACCUUGUACGGUUUCGGAGGUUAAGCAAAAGUUCA